AUCGUCGAAACGUUGGUUCGCAUCAGUCGUGGAAGUCGUCCCGCAGACGGUUCGAACUAUGCGGCUGUGUCUCAUCGUCCUGAUCUUUCUCGCGAGCACGGCACUCGCGAGGUACCACGAAAAGACGCGUUUCGAUCGAUCUGUACACGAGUAUGAGAUGAGAAACGUAGAUUACAAUAAUGAAGAGAAACAAUGGUCUUUUAAUGAUGAUGUAACACAAUUCGUUGCAUACAAGAGCAGGGAGGAGAACGAUUGUUAUCUUGAAGAUGUAAGACAGGAUCAUAAUAUUAUUUCACGUAAGAAGCGACAAUUCAAGAUACUCUAUGCAUCGGCAGUCCUCACGAAAAUAGAGGCGUGGCGACUUGCUGGAGGUCGAAUCGUUGAUUUCUGUAAUGGACGCAAUAUCCUUUUGUUACAAACAAUGAGACCUGUGCCUGGGCAAGCUCUCGAUCCCUUUAUCAAUGAAAUUUCUAUAGACAAAAAUGAUAUUUCGUCCAAACGCAUAGCUAAUAUGGUUUUAAUACCGUUGAAAGCUCGGACAAAACGACAGAUUCAACUCGAGCAACGAGAGAAGUUGAACAAAAAUAUCAAUCGAAUUCGAAAUCGUCGGCAGACGAAUCAGUUUCGAGGAAAGUUUCGUGGACAGACGCAGUCUCAAUAUUUGAAUUUUGGUAACGAUGAAAAAAAAGAGGGCAAGGCCGAAGCUGAAGCUACUCAGCAAUCUUCACACGCAGUAGUUAGUGGUAGUCGUGGAAUGGGUCAAGCGCAAAGUAUGUCAUCAGGUGGCACCGGUUGCGAAGAUUGUCCCGGAUAUCCUGGAUAUCUUGGAUAUCCUGGCAUCGAAAAGGCAUCGGAUAAGGUACGAGCUCCACCUGCGCGUACUGACGGAUAUGUGCAAGUUCCAGGUGCUGGUACACCUGGUAUUGCACAGCCAGGAGUCCCAUCUUAUUCUGGCGGGCAGAUAACAUAUCCAACUGGAGUAGUUCCUGGAGGAAUUAGCACUUAUCCUGGUAUUCGCUCUGGCAGACCAGAAAUGUAUCCCGGAGGUGUUCGUCCUGGCACUGUCAUACCAGGAGCUGAUGGGAUGUAUCCUGGAGGUGUUUAUCCUGGUACCAUAAUACCAGGGACGUAUCCUGGAGGCGUUCGUCCUGGAACGGUGUCACCAGGAACUGAAGAGAUAUAUCCUGGAGGUGUUCGUCCUGGUACGAUGACACCUGGAGCUGAGGGGACGUAUCCUGGAGGUGUCCGUCCUGAUAUUGUGAUACCAGGAGUUGAGAGACCGUAUUCUGUAGAUGUUCGUCCGGGUACCGUGACACCAGGAGCUGAUAGGAUGUACCCUGGAAGUGUUCGUCCUGGAAGUGUAACGCCAGAAGUUGAUAGGACAUAUCCUGGUGGUGUUCAACCACCUGGAACUAUAAUUCCAGGAAGUGAUAGAACAUAUCCCUCUGGAACUUUAAUCACAGGAGAUCGUGGUCCAUAUUCUGGAGAUGUUCAGCGUGGAGGAGUUUUACCUGGUGUGAUGGUAGGAGUUGGAAAAUAUCCAGGAGGUAUUCAACCUGGAGUUCCACCAGGACAAAGUGUGUAUCCUCCUAGUGGUAUUGUAACCACUUCAGUAACAACAGGUGCCACUGCUGUUACUGGUGUUGGAACUUAUCCAAUUAGUACUCCAAGAUUAACAAGUGGAACAUAUCCGGGAGUUCCUGGUACAGCAGUAAUUCCUGGCACAGGAGUAAUUCCUGGCACAGGAAUGAUUUCUGGCACAGGAGUAAUUCCUGGCACAGGAGUAAUUCCUGGCACAGGAGUAAUUCCUGGCACAGGAGUAAUUCCCGGCACAGGAGUAAUUCCCGGCACAGGAGUAAUUCCCGGCACAGGAGUAAUUCCUGGCACAGGAGUUCCUGGCAGAGGAGUAAUUCCUGGUACAGGAGUGCCUGGCACAGGAGUUCCUGGUACUGGAAUUCCUGAUACUAGAAUUCCUGGUACUGGAAUUCCUGGUACUGGAAUUCCCGGUACUGGAGUCUAUCCUGGUGGUGUUCGACCUGAUGCUAUCCCAGGAACAAGUGUCGGGACAUAUCCUGGUAGUGUUGUGCCAGGAACAGUAACUCAAGGAGUUUAUCCUGGACAGCAGACUGUUGUGUACCGCCCUGAAGGUGUUCCAUCAGGCACUUUACCAAGCGGAGGUCAAGUUCCUAGUACGAUUACGACUACAACAUCUGGUACUGGUACACAAGUAAUAACUUAUCCAGAGGGUCGACUAACGAACGGUCAAACAAUUUACCCUAGUGAGACUAUUCAACCUGGAAGGAUUCCUGAAGGUACUCAAGUUGUGUAUCCAGGUGUUACAUAUCCAGGAACUAUUCCAGGUACAUAUCCUGGCGGUGCACAACAAAUUCCUUCUGCCGGUGGUACUUUAUACCCUGGCCAAGUAAUCCAUCCAGGUGGUCAAGUGCCAACUUAUCCAAGCGGACAGUACCCAGGCACGGGUAUUGGAAUUCCAGGAAAGGAAGGAGUUCAGUAUCCAACUUAUCCAAGCGGACAGUACCCAGGCACGGGUAUUGGAAUUCCAGGAAAGGAAGGAGUUCAGUAUCCAACAGGCAUAACAGGAGGUCAAUUAUCUGGAAGGACUGGUGUGACUGAGCAGUAUCUUGGUCAGUUUCCAGGUGGAAUCAGUCAAAGAGUAGACAGUAGUCAGUAUCCAAGAGAAUUUUAUCCGGGAAUGGUUGGACCUGCAGGUAUGGAAGAAACUGGGGGAUUAACUAGACCGGCAGGUCCAGCAGUGACAGACGACGAUACCGAAUCACAGGCAUCGAGUUCCGUGCAGCAGGUGGAUUCGGGUACCCAAGCGAGCGCUUCGGCUCAGGGUAAAUACGGAUCGGGUACAGCUCAGUCGCAAGUGACAGGUACCUAUAGCGGUUCAGGCACCUUCUCUGCCCAAGCUGGUACUAGUGAUGCCAACAAGAGCGCUCAAACUGAGAUCAGUGGUGGUAAAGAAGGAGCUGCUAGCAAUGCGCAAGGCGUCGCCGGUUAUGGCAAAAGUCAAACACAAGUUCAAUUAGAUUCCGACUCCGGAGCUACCUCGACAGGUGCUCAAAGCAGUGGAUGGAACCAUGGGUCCAAUUCGCAAGUGCAAGCAAGCUCCAAGGGCGGAAUGGCGGAUGCUCAAGCCAACGGCGAGGGCAAUACUUCCAGUCAGGCGCAAAUCGGGUUUCAGCCGUACUUGAAGAGUGAAGAUGAGAAUGUGGAAAAGCACGAGACGCCAUUUCGCGGUAGCGGAACAGCAUCGGCUCAAAGUGGCACUCAUCGAGGUCAGUCCCAAUCGCAGCUACAAGGUUCUUUUCAAUACGGGAUCACGUACACCGGCGCAGCGCAAGCCGGUUCUGGAUCUGGUGCCGCAUCCUCGAGGAAGCCCUUUAACUUCACUGAUUCCGAACUUUUCAAGUCCUUUAAACCAGCUCCUUCUUUGAAGCGACCAACAAAUAUUGACAGUGCACAGUCGAAUCUGUCGACAAAUUCGAAUUACAGGCAGGAUGAAAACAAGCAGAAUCGCGAGCAAGGCUUGCAAAGCAGCUCGACUUCGAGACAAACCGUCAUCCUGGCUUCGAAAAACAAUCCGGACGACGCUGACAAGAAGGUGCUCUCUACCGAAAAACCGCGAACGGAUGACACAGCGUACGAUGAAUACGAUGAUGACUACACGGACGAAGAUGAUUAUCCUACGGGUUCGAAGUUGACGAUCAAAGAGAAAUUUUCGGAAACUUUUCCGGGCUCGAGCCCGAGUCAUCAAAAACUUGACAAGACCAUUCAGCAGCAAAGUCGCAGUCAGACACAGACAAUACAGGUCGCUAAAGGGAAUCAAUAUAACAUCCACGUUAGGCAAGAUUCAAACGUACCGCGAACGGAUGAUACCCUGCAACCGGGACAAUCCGUAUCAGGAUACACCAUCCCACCUGGAUUCCGCGGCCGAGUAAUGUCGGCCUCUGGCACCGAGACUGUUGCUCAGGGUGACGGUAAAUCUCAAUCGCAGACUGUAUCUUUAGUACCUAAGGACUUAAAUAAUACCAAAUCAUCGCUCGUCACAGAGACCAGAUCGCUUCAGACCAAUCACAAUCGUUACAUUGGCCGGCAUAUGCCGAAAAACCAAGAGCCUUCCCUUAAUCAAAAUAUAUCUUUCGACAAGCGUACGAAACCUACCCCGGCAGUAGCGUCGAAGCCGAGUUACUACACCGUGACCAACAGUUUCGCUGGCAAAAUGAACGGCAGCAACGAACCGAGAAAGUACGAACAUCGAUAUUAUACUAAGAGUUCCACCUGUGGAUACUUCACAUUUUCCUGUAAUGUCGUGUACGGUUCCAACGGUAGGACGAAGAUCUGCAAGCCAAAAGUGCCGACGUAUCCCGAUGGCACGCCUAUAAGAUGUUGAAUUAUCAGAAUAUAUAUAUAGGAUGCAGCAACAAUUAUUUCUGUAAAGCAUUCUGCAUUAAAUCAUUUUUCUCUACAUUGUAUAGUACAGUGAAAUUUGUGACUCGCUUAGAUAGAUUAGAUCGUACUUGACUAAUUGCUUUCGCGCGCCAUUGUAGUUCAUUGCAUCAUAAAUUCGAAUGAGAUAUAUUCCCUCUUCAGUAGCUUUAACAAGUAGAUACAAUAUAAAAAUAAAACGAAUAUGGACAGAAAGCUUUCGUUCCUGUGGAUUAGCAAAUGAAGACUAAUCUUUCAGGAAAUCCACAGGUUGAAAGUUACGCCACAAAUGUGUACUUCAAUGCUGUAAUUUUUUUAUUGAGGUACUUCCAAAUUAUUGACUGUAUAGUAUGGUGGACGUAUUGUUACAUCAAAUCGCUGCUAUUUAUUAAGUUUUCAAUAAAAUACAUUUUAACUAGAAGGAAAAUCUUUUCUUAUCUUCUUCUCAUCAGUUAUGAAAUAUAAUUAACAAUCUUCUCAAUUUGACGUACGUUGUAUUGUAUGAAAGUUCGUUUAAUUUUUAUCUACAACUAUAUUUGCGACACGGCAAACUCGCAGAUACAUAUGUAGAUAGAGUAUUGCUUUGACUUAUGCUAUAUAUUUUCGAUAUUGACGUAAAAUGUUCAGUUAUAAAUGUCAGGUAUCAUAUCUUGUACAUACUGUAUCUCGCUACUCGAUUUCGCCAAUCUUUUUCAAGACGAAAAAUACAUGACAAAACAUGUGUUUCAUUACAUAUAUAUUUUUCAUUAUAUAUAUAUAUUUCGUAAAUAUGUAUAU